UGUGAAAAUAUCUGGAGAUGCCAUGGCAAGCGAUACGCUGCCUGAAACACCAUCUGUGAAGAGAACAGGGCGCCCUGCCAGUUCUGGUGUUCUCUGGCAAGAACCUGUGAGGAAGGUCCCGCUAAAGACCGUUAGGCCCUCAUGCCACCGGAAACCUGUAGGAGUAAACCUGCUGGGCGUCAUUCUGGCUAAACAAGAAGAAGGGCUAAAGAACACUUUCACCCUGUGAUGCUUCUCUACACGUGAGAUUACCUGGCAGCAGCCCAUUCCAGGAGAAGUUGGACUGCAACCUGAAGCCUUCUUAUAACAUUAAUAAUAGCUUGUGUCUUAUUAAAAGAAAAAGUGAACCCUCCAGUCAAACUUGAGCAAAGCAGGGAAGGAUUUGAUGACUUAUACCUCCAGUCUACCAGAUCAACGCAUUUCUUUCCAGCUAGCAUUUCUUUAACCCCCAAGCCUUAAAUGUCCUUACUUAGAUACUCCCAGGUGGAAAACUUUAAAGAAGCUGCUACAAACGGAGCCACGGAGGAAUUCCUCCCCGGUGUAAACUGUUGCGCUGCUGAAGGACAGCUAAGCUACAGCAAACUUCCACACUUCUCUCUAUUUGAGGACUGAGUUUCCCUUUUACACUGAACUGCGACCUGUCUCUUUACACCUCUGUUUCAGUCCUUUCCCUCUGAUACCUUCUUCCAUACCUGUGCCUCUCUUUCUCAUAACUUCACUCCUGUUUUUCCAGUUGUCUCUCUUGACUUGUUUUUCUUGCUCUCUACAUUUCUGGGGGCUUCUGUCCCACUCCUUGCUGCCACAGUGGAUUUCUUGCAAAUGAAGCACCUGAAGAGGAAGAGGAAGAGCAACUACAGCGUGAGGGAAACACAAACUCUCAUCAGGGAGAUCCACAAGAGGAGAGACGUAUUGUUCUCCAGACAACAGAACACAGCCAUUAAUGAGCUGAAGAGGCAAGCAUGGGAGGAAGUGGCACAAGGUGUGAAUGCCCUGGGAGAGGGGGAGCUACGCACUGCUGCCGAGGUGAAGCGUCGUUACCUCGACUGGCGUGCGCUUACGAAGAAAAAACAGUUGCAGACUGAACUCUCUCUCUCUUCCUCGCCCCCCUCUUUGGCCAUUAAGACUGAGUAUGGAAAUUCCUCUCCAGAGCACGAGGCGCCUUCUUUGGGAUCUGGUUGUGACCAGCUGCUUGACCUCUCGGGCUUCCCAAAGGACUGGCACUGUGACUGGCCGGAGAUGGUGGCUCUCAGCGGGUCGAGCGGGCAGGCCGUGGGGGCACUGCCGGGAGUAAAGAUGGAGGACGAUCUGGACGGGGAUGUGGGAGAUGGAGAAAUGGAUGAUGAUGAUAUUCCCUCUCUCCUUUGUGACAUCGAGGCACGUGUAGAGGGGCAUGAUACUGAUGUUUAUUCCCACAAUGACUUGGGCAUGCCCAGCCCCUCCAAGGAUCCGACUUCCACCACCAGCAGAAAUCUACUGCUGCCCGGUGGCCUGAUGGGAAUGCUGGGUGAACUCAGCAGUGACGAGAACAUAGGAGCAGGGUGUCUGGUUGCUGUUGAGAAACAUCGUCUGGAGCUAGAGAAACAAAGGCUGGCUGUGGAGACUGAGCGCCUGGUGGUGGAGAAAGAGCGGCUAUUGGUGGAGAAAGAGCGACUUCGUCAGACAGAGGUGGAGAGAGAGCGGCUGCAAAUAGAGAAGGAGAGGUUACAUGUGGAGAGAGAGAGGCUGAGACUCAUGCGUGUUGGCCAAUCAGAGUACGUCAACUCUUCUUUUAACCUGCCGCCGCAACAAGGCCCAGUCCUUUCCUCUCGUUCGUCCUUAUCCUCAACUCAUGAUGGACAGAGGGAGAAGGGAGUGUCGGCGGCGGACUUGGAGGCAGCGAAGUUAAAUCUGGAGAAGGAGAGACUGCAGCUGGAGAAGGAGAGACUGCAGUUCAUCAAGUUUGAGGCUGGCAGGCUGCAGAUUGAGAGAGAGCGCCUGCAAGUGGAGAAAGAGAGAAUGCAGCUCCACAAGGACCAUUUGUCAGUAAAAAUCUGAUAAGAGUGAGAAAAAGAGGGUAGAUGAGCAGGGUGAAUAAAUUAGAUGUCUCCAGAUCACUAUUGGUACUAGCAGCAGAUUUUUCACAGACAUACUGUCUACGUUUGGUGCGAGACACUUUAGUGAUCUUUCCUAAAUGGCCAAGAAGAAGCCCGAGAACAGUGCCUUAGGGUGUAAUAUUUGUUCGGCACAAUCAGUGGCCAAAUGCAACAACUGUUGGCUGAUGUUCAGCACUCCAGUUAACAGAAAUGUGCUGUGGAAGAUGUUAAAUAAAUACUGGGCUGUUAGUGCAAUUAAUCUUUAUUGGUGCAGAAAUAUUUAAGUAUAUAUAUGAAAUAGUGCUAUUGUACUAUAACUCCUAUAAACCCUAACCCUUGCCUAUCUAUUACUGAAAAACAAAUAGUUCAGUCACACUACAGUAAGCAUAUCAUGGUAACCUCCUUGCAUCUAGGAAAAAAUGGUGGUUGCAUUAUGAUUACAUUGAAUAUUUUGCAUUUGGUAAACAACUGCAAAUAGCUGCGACGAACUGGUCACAUAGAAGGUAAGUGUGCAACUCCACCUACCUCUGGUUGGCCACUUUUGGUUGCAAGGUGAUUGCUGAUAAUCUGUUUUGGUGGUUGUUUCCUUUGUCUGUGCCUUUAAGUCUUUGCAGGUCCCUGAGUGGAUGAGCUGACGGCUGCCGAUUGGUCCGGCGAUCAUGUGGUCGCAUUCAAAAUCCCUCCACCAGCAGUUGUCCCUGGGCAGCCACUGACAGCAGCAGCAGACCUGACCCAGGCCUCCAAUGUAGUGUACAUUGGGUAGCCUCAGCCAAGAGGACUGAUCCCCAGUUACUUCUGUCAUUUUGAAGUUAAAUCACCAUGUUACAGCAACUAAACCACCAAUUGUGGAGGAAUUUUUAUAUUAUAUUUGGACUGAAUGUAAGUAGUGAUUGUGAAUUUCUGUUUAAUGUGAAAUUUUGUGUAUGUAGAGGCUCACAGAUUCAGUUUCCACCUGUUUAUGACAGUUAAUCACAGAUUCUGUUAAUUCAGUUAUAAAUUGACAGCAGACUGACUCUGUCCUUUUGCUUUUCUUUUUGCCGUCUUGACGUAUUAAAUUUGUUCUAAUGUCAGUCAGAUGGCACCUGACUGCGUGCAGACAUGGUCCCUAUCAGUCAUUUUAAAGGCAGCAAAAUUGCAUGGUCAUUGCACACGGUCACAAUAAUUUGCGGCGUUCUGCGAUCUCCAACCACCGUUUUCUCUAGUGUGACUGUAACAAAAAGCACACAACUUUUCUUGUACAGAAAAAUUUUAGUUCACAGAAGACAAACACGAUUGACAGUAAUAUUUUAAGUUGAUAUCUCACCUUUUCACAGGCUUUUAGAUACUAAUAUCACUACCACUGAUCCAACACGAGUCACACCACAACCCUGAUACUGAGAAACCUAAAUGGAAUUCAGCUAUUGCUGAUUUUAUACACCACACAUCUGUAUUCCUCCUACUCAUGUCAGGAAGGACUUUGCAAGAUUUUUAAAGGAAUUUCUGAUCAGCAAGUUUGAUGUGCAUGCUAAAAAAAUACUGUAAGUGAAGUAAUGAAAGUUUUGUUGUAAACAUGCUGUAAAGUAUUACUGGCUUUGAAGACUGUAAUCCAUACUGUACUAAAAGCUGUGUCAUCUGUAACAUCAAUGACACCAAACACAAGCUUUUAUAUUGAAAAUUAUAAUAAUAGUCAUCAUAAAUAUUGUUACUUUUUCCUAAUGUUAGAUAUUUUUUCUUAUGUUGAUUUAUAUUUGACAUUCAAUCAUAGUAUGAAUAUGUUAUUAUAUAAAACUAAAGUCUACGGAGCCCAAAUUCAUGAAACUUUCUUUGAACACAGGCAAAGAAAAGGUUAAAUAUCUGGGUGUAGGUCUGGGUCAAUUAAAAUAACAAAAUCUGGGUAUUGGACUUUGUGGAGAAUGCAUUACAAGUGCGUCUUUUUAAAAUAUUUUCCUGAAAUUGUGCCUUUUUGCUAAAAUACUUGUUGAUAAAGAGAAAUUUCAAAAAUUGUGGUGCUCAGAAUGAAACAAAAUCUGUUAUACAUCCAGAUCCUAAAGUGCUGCUUCUGAUGAUUAAGCUGUGAGGGCCCUUUCAUGUCUUUAUGCAUAACGACAAAAGAGAAUAAUAAGAAAAAAUGUAAAAGUUUUUACUCUUCUGCACUGAUGCUCUUUAAGAAGAAGGGACAAUUGCUGAAAUGUCCCUGAUGCGCCUCUCAAAAACUGCAACUUUUGAGGACUUUACUAAAUCUGAUUUAACCUGGUGACACUUGAAAGUGAAACAUUUACUGUAAGUUCAUAAGAAAGACCUUCAUUAUCACCCGAGGGCUUACACAAACAAAGACACACAUUCAAAGCGAGGUGGUCGAGGCCGACGGAUCAAAUCACAAAAGGCUAGUUUACUUCUCGGUCCCAUGGUUUAUACUCGUCUCUACUUGAGAGAGGAAAGCCUCAUUCAAAAGGCUCUGCUUUAUCUUUAGACGUGAUCUGAAAAUCCACUGUAUUGAUUCAAAGAGUCCCUCAGCACUGAAGUCAUAUAUUGAGUCAACUGACUGCUGUCUAGACUGUGUGAGCUUAUUAGAGGAAAAAAAACAAUACAAUAUUUCCUUCCUGAUAUCGUGUUAACUUUACUUGACCUUAUUCAGUGAUGCAGCCCAUUAUAUCAGGUUAACAGAUAUUACACAUUUAUAACCUUUCUGAAAAAAAGAAAAGAAAUAAGAGUGAGAGAGCGCUGUUAGCGUUGUGAAGGUAAAACACUGUGCACAGACUGAGAUGCCCGCAGGUCCUGUGGCAGACUGUUUCACAGGUGGCGAGGAUAAAAACUAAAAGCUGCCUGCCCAGAGGUCACAGAGCUCGCUACAGCUCAAAGAUCUGUGUCCAAGGAUUUCAGGGGUCUAAUACCUUAAAAUCAGCUGUUUCAAGAUUUGAAAAACAGUGGAUGGACUUUAGAGGUAAUCUCAGGUUUUUCUUCUCAGACUUGCUGUAAGAGCUCUCGUUGGCAGUCUAUGAAAGAGAAGAGAUAUUACGAAGCCAAUCUGAUUAGUAAUGAAAGUGAACAUUCUGCCCGUCUAGUCCCAUUCUAACCCAUCGUUUUGUAAAAUUCCUUUAAUUAUAAAAUGCUUUGUGACUGUGCAUUGAAUGCCAAAAAAAGUGCAAAAACAGGAAUUUGGUUUUGUUUCUGAGACACGUUGAGUCAUGUAAGUAAUGAUAACACUGAUUUGAUGAGGUGCUGAUUAAACCUAAUGUACUGUUUUACUGCAUAUUCUGAUAUUUCUGUUGGAGUGGAUGCAUAAUUUAAUAAAAACCCUUGUCUUGUCAAGAUAAA